UAUCUUAAAUACUGCUAUUAGUGUAAACGAUACGUAUUUUAAGAGAAUUUUGGGGUAACGUUAGACCUCUGUUGAAAUAAAAGUCCAUUGAUAAUCUGGUAGGACACCUAAAUCCGUAGUGACACUAUUGUCUACGUUGAGUGAGAUAAUAAUUAGUCUAUAUUAACAAAUAAAUAUUGCUAAAGUGGUUUCAAAAGAAAAUGUUUCGAAAUGCUAUGCUAUCAGGAUUUUCUAGCGUAAGAAAUGUGAAAAACUUAUUCUUUCCAUCCCUUGCAAACAUUAAGCAAGGACGAGUUUCAGCUGUGUGCAUCAGAUCCAUGUCAAAACAUUCAUCAGAAACUGAGGAAGAGUUUGAUGCAAGAUAUGAAGCUUACUUUAACCGGUCAGAUAUUGAUGGAUGGGAUGUUCGUAAAGCAAUGAAUGACUUACAAGGUAUGGAUCUUGUUCCAGAACCCAAGAUAAUCAGUGCUGCUCUUAAAGCUUGUCGUCGAGUGAAUGACUAUGCUCUGGCUGUUAGAUUUUUGGAAGCUGUGAAGGAUAAAUGUGGUAACCGGGUAAAAGAGAUUUACCCAUAUAUCAUCCAGGAGGUUCGGCCUAUUCUAGAUGAACUGGGAGUCAACACACCAGAAGAAAUGGGAUAUGACAAACCUGAACUUUAUCUGGAGAGUGUUUAUGACAUUCAUUGACCACACAACAUUAGGGUUAAAUGCCAAUACUGGUCCAUUAUUUAUGUCAAGAAAUUUAUUGUAAAGGAUCUAAUACCAACCUAUUGAAAACAAGAAAUCAAGUCUUGAUUAGAAAGUGGAGUUCAUAAUUGACUAGUAAUAGAAAACAUUGGACUUGUGAAUAGUGAAAUAAAACAGUUAGUAAAAA